ACUGCUCCAAGAGUUAGGUAACGUUUACCUACUACCAUACCAUUAGUCCACUACCAACCAAACACAUAUUCUUGAAGAGGAAGGGAUAUACAACACAGAUAUACUGUUGAAAUUCUAGAGUUAGAACAGAGAAACACAACACAAAAAAAAUGGGAGAUACUACUAUUCAUAUUCCUAGAGUCAAGCUGGGAAGCCAAGGCCUAGAAGUUUCAAAGCUUGGAUAUGGAUGCAUGGGCCUAACUGGAGUAUACAACGCUGCUGUGCCAGAAGAUGUUGCUAUAUCUUUGAUCAAACAUGCUUUCUCCAAAGGUAUCACUUUCUUUGAUACAUCUGAUUUUUAUGGACUACAUGUCAAUGAAGUUUUGGUUGGAAAGGCACUAAAAGACUUACCUCGAGAUCAAAUUCAGAUUGCUACAAAGUUUGGGAUUGUCAAAAUGGAAUCUAACAAUGUUGUUGUAAAUGGUAGUCCUGAAUAUGUUAGAUCCUGUUGUGAGGGUAGUCUCCAACGUCUUGGGGUGGAAUACAUCGAUCUAUAUUAUCAGCACCGUGUUGACACCACAGUACCCAUCGAGGACACCGUGGGAGAGCUUAAAAAGUUGGUUGAAGAGGGAAAGAUUAAGUACAUAGGAUUAUCUGAGGCUAGUACCGAGACAAUCAGAAGGGCACAUGCUGUUCAUCCUAUUACUGCUGUUCAAAUGGAAUGGUCCCUUUGGACUCGUGAAAUUGAGCCAGAUAUUGUCCCUGUUUGCAGGGAACUUGGCAUUGGAUUAGUGCCAUAUAGUCCUCUUGGCCGUGGAUUUUUCGGAGGCAAGGCUAUCACGGAAAGUAUACCUGCAAACAGUUUUCUGGCAAUGCAACCAAGGUUACAAGGGGAGAACUUUGACAAGAACAAGAUAUUUUAUUCUCGGAUGGAAAAGUUGGCAGAGAAGAACGGAUGUACAUCUUCACAACUUGCUCUUGCGUGGAUUCUUCAUCAAGGAGACGAUGUAGUGCCUAUCCCUGGAACAACUAAGAUAAAAAAUCUUGAUAGUAAUAUCGGUUCGUUUAAAGUGAAGCUCAACAAAGAUGAUUUGAAGGAGAUCGAAGAUGCUGUGCCAAUCUCUGAGGUGGCAGGGAAUCGGACAACCGAUGCUUUUGUUCAGUGCUCAUGGAAGUUUGCUAAUACUCCAAUAAAAGCAUAGCUUGAUGCCAGUUUUGCACCUCAGUGUUUGAGAUUCUAGUUUCUGGUCUCUUUCCACGACUCCCAAAUUUAAUCCCAUCUGAAUAAAACCGAUCAUCAUUGGUCGAAUAGGAAUAACUCAGAAAAUUAUGCGUUUCAUGUGUAAUUUUUUUUUUUGUGUGGAGAAAAUGGUUAUGCUUAAUGUGAAAUCAUGUUCCACUAAUAUUUUCUUUGUCUGGAGACAUGUGAAAUUGUGAAUUUUUUUCUCUGCCUAUUGUUUGAAGUUUUUGUUUUUAUGCUGCUA